AAGCGGUCCCGGGAGCAGAAGGGGGCGUCUUCCCCGGCGUUCGGGGAGGCGCGCCCGGGGGCGGCGCGCAGCUCAGCCCCUGGCUGCAGCCCUCGGCGCUGCUCCUCAGUCUCCUGGGUGCCUUCUUCUGGAUGGGCUUGUACCUCCGGCGCGCCGGGGUGCGCCUGCCUCUGGCCGUCGCGCUGCUGGCCGCCUGCUGCGGGGGGGAAGCGCUAGUCCAGAUUGGGCUGGGCGUCGGGGAAGAUCGCCUGCUGUCGCUGCCCGCCGCGGGGGUGGUGCUCAGCUGCCUGGCCGCGGCGACAUGGCUGGUGCUGAGGCUGAGGCUGGGCGUCCUCAUGAUCGCCUUGACUAGCGCGGUCCGGACCGUGGCCCUCAUUUCCUUGGAGAGGUUCAAGGUCGCCUGGAGACCUUACCUGGCGUACUUGGCCGGCGUGCUGGGGAUCCUCCUGGCCAGGUACGUGGAGCAGAUCUUGCCGCAGUCUCCGGUGGAGGCUCCCAGGGAGCCUUUGGGGUCCCAGCGGAUUGCUGGGACCAAGGAAGAGAUCCCAGUGUUCAAGAGGAGGCGGCGGUCCAGCUCCGUGGUGUCCGCCGAGAUGUCGGGCUGUGGCAGCAAGUCUCACCGCAGGACCUCCCUGCCCUGCAUCCCCCGGGAGCAGCUCAUGGGGCAUUCGGAAUGGGACCACAAGCGUGGGCCUCGAGGUUCACAGUCCUCAGGAACCAGUAUCACGGUGGACAUUGCUGUGAUGGGCGAAGCUCACGGUCUCAUUACCGACCUCCUGGCGGACCCUACUCUGCCCCCAAAUGUGUGCACAUCCCUGCGGGCUGUGAGCAACCUACUCAGCACACAGCUCACCUUCCCGGCCAUCCACAAGCCCAGAGCGAACCCCAUGAUUUCCUUCAGUGAAAACUACACCUGUUCUGAUUCGGAAGAGAGCUCUGAAAAAGACAAGCUCGCCAUUCCCAAGCGCCUGAGGAGAAGUUUACCACCAGGCUUGUUGAGACGGGUUUCAUCAACCUGGACAACUACCACCUCAGCCACAGGCCUGCCCACCUUGGAGCCUGCACCAGUCCGGAGGGACCGUAGUGCCAGCAUCAAGCUACAUGAAGCACCUUCAUCCAGUACUGUUAAUCCUGAUUCUUGGAAUAGCUCUGUGAUGAUGACCCUUACCAAAAGCAGAUCCUUCACCUCAUCCUAUGCUGUGUCUGCAGCUAACCAUGUAAAGGCUAAAAAACAAAAUCGACCAGAAUCUGCGGAGACAACUGCCAAACAUGGUCCAAGUUCUCACAGGACUUUAACCUAUACUCAAAGUGCCCCUGACCUGUCUCCUCAGAUCUUGGAUCCACCUGUUAUAUGUAGCAGCUGUGGCAGACCAUAUUCUCAAGCGACUCCUGCUGACGGGCCCCUGGAGAAAAGUGGCGAGGCCACUCAGACAUCCAGCCGAACAGAUGACACUGCCCAAGUUACCUCUGAUUAUGAAACCAACAACAACAGCGACAGCAGUGACAUUCUACAGAAUGAAGAUGAGGCUGAGUGUUCCAGAGAAUCUCUGAGGAAGACGCUGGCUUGUGGCACCUACGGUCCUGAAGCCAUGAUAUACCUGGAUAAACCAAUUCUUGCUCCUGAACCUCUCAUCAUGGAUAACCUGGACUCAAUUAUGGAACAGCUAAAUACUUGGAAUUUUCCUAUUUUUGACUUGGUGGAAAAUAUAGGGAAAAAAUGUGGCCGUAUUCUUAGUCAGGUCUCCUACAGACUUUUUGAAGACAUGGGCCUCUUCGAAGCUUUUAAAAUUCCAGUUAGAGAAUUUAUGAAUUAUUUUCAUGCAUUGGAGAUUGGAUACAGGGAUAUUCCUUAUCAUAACAGAAUCCAUGCCACUGACGUCUUACAUGCUGUUUGGUAUCUUACUACACAGCCUAUUCCAGGCCUGUCCACUGUGGUUAAUGAUCCCGGAUCAGCAAGUGAUUCAGAUUCUGACAGUGGAUUUACACAUGGACACAUAGGAUAUGUGUUUUCAAAACUGUAUAAUGCAGCGGAUGAUAAAUACGGAUGUCUUUCUGGAAACAUCCCUGCCUUGGAGUUGAUGGCGCUGUACGUGGCUGCAGCCAUGCAUGACUAUGACCACCCAGGGAGGACCAAUGCCUUCCUGGUUGCUACUAGUGCUCCUCAGGCGGUGCUAUACAAUGAUCGUUCCGUUUUGGAGAACCAUCAUGCAGCUGCAGCAUGGAAUCUUUUCAUGUCCCGGCCAGAGUACAACUUCUUAAGUAACCUUGACCAUGUGGAAUUUAAGCAUUUCCGUUUUCUUGUCAUUGAAGCAAUUUUGGCCACUGACCUGAAGAAACACUUUGACUUCGUAACCAAAUUUAAUGCCAAGGUGAAUGAUGAUGUUGGAAUAGAUUGGACCAAUGAAAAUGAUCGUCUCCUGGUUUGUCAAAUGUGUAUAAAGCUAGCUGAUAUUAAUGGACCAGCUAAGUGUAAAGAACUUCAUCUUCAGUGGACAGAGGGUAUUGUCAAUGAAUUUUAUGAACAGGGUGAUGAAGAGGCCAGCCUUGGGCUACCCAUCAGCCCUUUCAUGGACCGCUCUGCUCCUCAGCUGGCCAAUCUGCAGGAAUCCUUCAUCUCUCACAUUGUGGGGCCGCUGUGCAACUCCUAUGACUCAGCAGGACUCAUGCCAGGAAAGUGGGUUGAAGACAGCGAUGAAUCGGGAGAUACUGAUGACCCCGAAGAGGAAGAGGAAGCUACAGUGGUGAAUGAAGAAGAAACCUGUGAAAAUGAUGAAUCCCCUAAAAAGAAAACUUUUAAGAGGAGGAAAAUCUACUGCCAAAUAACUCAGCACCUCCUACAGAACCAUAAGAUGUGGAAGAAAGUCAUUGAAGAGGAGCAGCGAUUGACCGGCAUUGGAAAUCCAGGCCUGGACCAGUCUGCUCAGCAGCACACCUCAGAGCAAAUCCAGGCCAUCGAGGAAGAAGACGAAGAGAAGGGGAAACCAAGAGCAGAGGAAACCCCGGCCCCAAAGCCAAACCAGUGACCCUGCGUAGAAUGAGCUGUGUUUCUAAACAGAUCUUGAUUUGUCACAGACUCUUAUAAGCCAGCACAAUACUUAGACACAACACUGUAGAAAUGAAAGAAGAUGGGAAAAUGGCUAUUGUACUUUGGGAUCCUUUGCAUUUUAUGUGUUUAUUUUUGCAGUGAGGUACAUUGUUAAAAAAAAAAAAAAGAGACUUGCUCCAGGAAGCUUUCACACUGCAACACCAGCUUCUAUGGAUAUUUUUUUUAUGAAGGAAAUAUAUGUGUGUGUGUAUAUAAGCUCCCACGUAGAUACAUGUAAAACACAUUUACACACAGGCAUACACACAUACACACUGAACGCCAGGAUUACUGGCUCCACAGUUAGUAACAUUCAUAUUAAGAUAUCUAGUGGUCACUGCAAUAAUAAAGGAAAGCAAAUCAGGUGGGAAGGGGCGUGGCUUAGCGUGGAAAGAGUGAAGCGAAUGCAGGUUACAGCUAAACAGCUUUUGCUGUUUACAUUGAGGGAUGAAAGUUCCAGAGCAUUAUUUGACUUCUCAUGUAUCCUGCCAACACUCUGUGUGUGUGUGUGUGUGUGUGUGUGUGUGUGUGUGUGUGUGUAACAGAAGGAGGGAGUUUGUGUGCAUGUGUUUGUAUACAUGGAGAAAUUUUUAAGGUUUUCGUAGUUCAUAGAAUAGCAGUAGCAGGUGACUCAGUACAUUUGAACAAACAGAAGGAAGUUUGCUCUGAGGAGGUUUUGAAAGGCAGCCAUUCCCAAUGCCCUCCAUUUAGCUUCGGAGCAGUCCUUUGCUGAUGGAGGGCAUUCCUGGGCCAUGUGAUUGGUACUACUGCUAUUUACCACUUAGAGGCGCUGUACCACCAGGCUCAAUCCUGGAAGGUGGAGGCAUUUUCCAGUCUAUUUCCCUAAUGAAUAUAUAUGAGCUGCUUGUGAGUAUGUAUGUCACUUACCUAAGAUCAAAUCCUCUUUUAAGGGAAUGGCAUUCCUUAUACAUAAACACCCAAAAGGAGCUGCAGACAGGUAAAGAGUUCUCAGAGGAUGCCAGAGAUUUGGGAAAUUAUACUUAAUAGAAUCUUCUGUGUCUUCUUAAUUUGUUGCAAAAUGUGCAACAGGAAAAGAAAAAAGAAAGGCAAAUAGAAACUCAUUUAUGAUUUAUGUAGCUAGAGAUAAAGAGAAAAUAACCUAGGGUGUUGCUGUUUUGGUCCUUGACAGCUGUUGAAGACUAGCUUUGGGGGUGAUGGUCUUGUUGAAACCCCCUGUGUGGUAUUUCAUACACUGCAUGAUGGAAAGAUACCUCCAUCUACAGCCCCAUUAUCAUGCUUCUUUUGGCAGGGAAGAUCAUAGAGGAAUUGUUUAUGGACUGGGGUAUUUUUGAAACGUUAUUUUGUUAGUUUGUUUGUUUUUAUCUACACUUGUUUAUGCUGUGAGCCAAACUUCUAUUUAAAAAAUUGAUACUCACUUUCAAUAUUUUAUUUCAUAUUAUUAUAUAUGUCAUGAGUAGUUAUCUUGUUGUAAAUAUAUAAAGAUUUUUUUGUUUCUGUAGAUAGUAAUACUCUUUUUUAAAAAACAAAAAAGGGAAAAGGGAAACAUUUUUAUAAAGUUAUAUUUUAGUCACCAUUUUUAUACAUGGUUGCUAUCUCUAAGCCCGGGAAGAAGAUUAUGAUUCAUUUCCAUGCAGGUCUAUGAGUAACUACUCAUCUACCUACUCUAACUUAAUGAUAAUCUCAUGAAAUUAUUUUUGUCAAUUUAAUGAGGAUGCUGAAAUGAAUUCUUUUCCGGUAGUAGUUUUUGCUAACUGAGUGAAUUUUGAAUCUUCAACUUCAAGAUGAAAGAGUUCACCAAUACCAAAUUUUUAUAGUUGGUGUUCAUUUCUUUCCAUCAUAAUUUUUGGUCAUAACUCCUCCUUCUCCCCCUCUAUAUACAGAUUUGCUCAUUAUCCAAACAACUUUAGUUUCCACGAAAACCUUGAUUUUAAUUUCUACUGUUUACCUUCCCUGAAGUCAUAGAAAAGGAGUGUUUACAUUAAAAAAUCCUUUGUUUCUCACAAAUGUAAAUUCUUCCCUUCCAAAGCAUGACUUUAUAAUAAUCCAUAGCAUUUUUAAUUAGGUUCCACACUAAGAUAAUCAGCAUGGUUUCAAGAUAUUUCCAAUAAGUAGGAAAAUAUGCAAAUGAUCCAAUGGAUGCAGACUUUACUUAAAUAAUUAGGAUCUGUUUCAGUGUUAUUUUUCAAUUAACACCAGGUCUUCAUUAGUUAGCACUUCCUGAGUUUCAUUUUCUUAGUAUUGCCUGUGAGUCUCUAUGUUUGAAAAUGUACAAACCGUGAAAUAUGUUUCUUGCAAGUGAGAGAGGAAAGGAAAAGGCAUUUAUACUGACAUACCCAUUGUAUUCACUUAUUUUAAUCUUUUCCCCUUUUACAAAUAGCUAAACAUCAGUGUAGUUAAUAUCAAUAAGGGAAAAAGUUUGUUGUGGAGUGCGUGGGAUGACACUAUCAUUAUGAAUCCGUAACUGUAUAUAAGCAGUUUUAUUAAAGUUGCUAGGCCUAAGCCAGCCAAAAUGUCUCAGCCAAUUGCCUGGUUGUGUUUUAAGAUACAUGAAGUAAUAGGAGUAUUAAUGACCAAAUCAGUUAGAAUGUCUUUGUUCCAGAUUUGUAUUCAUCAAUCCAGGCAGAUGAAUAAUUUUCAAUAGCCAUAAUAUUUAAGCUAGAUGUCAGUUGAAAUGAAAAGAUGGCGAUCCACUAACUGUAUUACUUUGCUACAUGCCUGGAAUAUCUAUCUCUAAGGAUGCCUAGGAGUAUGCAAAGGUAUUUUCUGCUAAUGAUGUUUCCCCCUCCUGGUGACAGCAAUAUUACUGUGUUCACUUCCAUCUUCAGAGCUUACUUCCUGUGGUGCCAAUGUAUUUGUUGCAAUUUACACAUUUUUAUAUGAGCCUACUUAGAGGUGCCAUUAGAUAAACUCAGGUCUUUUGAAUGAAGGAGUUUCUAGCACAGUUAUGGAAAAAGGAUAAUUGUAUAGACAGCCAUAAAAAUCAAUAUUAGGAAAUAUUAGAACUGGUUAUUCUCCAUUAAAUAAAACUUCAAGUGUAUUGUGUGUUAUCAAUGUCAUUUUCAACCUGCUGAUGGUUGCCUUUCUAAACCGACAUUUAGAAUAUUAUUUUCUUGGCGAAAACACCACUUUUGCUUUUUUUCUUAACUGUAAAAUAUGAUUAUUUGUCAUUUAUUCACGACCUGGUUUUGUUCUUAGUAGAUGAAGACAGUAACUCUGUACAGGAAUAUAUCUAUAUUGAUCUUCAUCUAACUUGCGAAGGUGUUUCUUCAUGUUCUGUUUAAGAAAGUAUCUACUUUUUAAGGACAUAAUACACAAUUCUGUCUGUUGUAUUUUGGUUGAAUUGCAUUGCAGGACAAAUCGUAAUGGUUGCAAUCCCAGUAAUAUUGAAAAAAAGAUAUGGAAUGUCAUGCAGACUGUUCGCUAGCUGUAUGUAGAUGUUCAUGUGUGAUUUUUCCAUAUCCCCUGACUUUCCUUCCCAGAGAACUUUCCUGAAGGUAAAAGCUGUGCAGAAGGCAUGAGCUUUGUUUAAAUGAUGGAAAAAUAUAAAUUAUUUUCUAAGGAAUAAAAAUAUGAAAAUUAUCAUUGUAAAUAAAGUCUAAAGUUUGAAAUGA